CUCAGUCCCCGGGCGGGGCGGUUGUAGCUCCUCCUCUGUUGGGUUGCGGCCCGCCCCAGUAGGCCUUCUCUCUCGGUCGGCCUUCGCGGCUGCUGCCGCGUCCCCUCCCGUGAGGUCACGUGGAAUGGCACAUCGCCGACACGCCCGCUGAAGCGCCUACGACUGUUCCCUGCAAGCCACCGUAGAAGCCCUCGGGCCGCCGCCAGGACGGAAGCCGGGGAGGUUGGAGAGUGACCACGGGCUGCGGCAGCCUCAGCGCCUGCUCUCUGCGCGGGCCCCCAGAUGGCGGCUGCAGCUGCGGCAGCGGCGGCGAUGGCUGAGCAGGAAAGCGCCCGGAAUAGCGCCCGGAACCGUGGCGGGGUCCAGCGGGUGGAAGGCAAGCUCCGCGCUAGUGUCGAGAAGGGAGAAUACUAUGAAGCACACCAGAUGUACCGGACCCUGUUCUUCAGGUACAUGUCACAAGGCAAACACAUAGAAGCAAGAGAACUAAUGUACUCAGGGGCAUUAUUGUUCUUCAGUCACAGUCAACAAAACAGUGCUGCCGAUCUUUCCAUGCUGGUUUUAGAGUCCUUGGAGAAAUCAGAUGCGAAAGUAACCGAUGAGCUGUUGGAAAAUUUGGCUAAAGUAUUUAGUUUGAUGGAUCCAAAUUCUCCAGAAAGAGUGGCAUUUGUAUCCAGAGCCCUGAAAUGGUCCAGUGGGGGAUCAGGAAAAUUGGGUCAUCCAAAACUACACCAGUUAUUGGCUAUCACGCUAUGGAAAGAACAGAAUUAUUGUGAGUCUCGGUAUCAUUUCCUGCACUCCACAGAUGGAGAAGGAUGUGCGAAUAUGUUAGUAGAAUAUUCUGCCUCUCGAGGAUAUCGAAGUGAGGUGGACAUGUUUGUAGCACAGGCAGUCUUACAGUUUCUCUGUUUAAAAAAUAAAAGCAGUGCGUCAGUGGUAUUCACAACAUAUACACAGAAGCAUCCUUCAAUACAGAAGGGACCUCCAUUUGUACAGCCCUUGCUCAAUUUUAUCUGGUUUCUGCUGCUGGCUGUUGAAGGAGGCAAGCUAACCGUAUUUACAGUAUUAUGUGAGCAGUAUCAGCCUUCACUCAAGAGAGAUCCUAUGUACAAUGAGUAUCUUGAUAGAAUAGGACAGCUCUUUUUUGGAGUGCCACCCAAGCAGACGUCAUCCUAUGGAGGCUUAUUAGGGAACCUUUUGAACAGUCUUAUGGGAUCAGGGGAGGACGAGGAAGCAGAAGAUGGUCAAGAAGACAGCAGUCCUAUUGAACUUGAUUGAAAACCUUUUUCACUAGGAACUGCAUGAAUCAGACAACUUGAUAACUCAAAAAGACAGUUUCAGAAUAUAUGAGCCCUGAAAUUUUGUUUUUCACAACUAGGAGGGCUCUCCAUUCUGUUAAAAGAAGGUUGCUGAGAUGUUUAUAAUGUUUGGUCUAUAUUAUUUAUGUAAAAAGGGUAGCCAGAAGAACUGAUUGGAGUGAUCGUUAGCAGCCUUUCAGUAUGCUGACCAUUGACUUUUGAUUGAGUUAUAUAGUCAUUUAUGGUUUCGAAUGCAGUAUUCCUUUUCAGAUUAAUACAAAAUAAAGCACAGGCAUUACUGUUACUUUGCCCUUUCAAAAUCAUUUUGUUUCAGUUUCUUAUGGGAAAAAAAGAACACAUUUAACCUUUGCUGUAACAGAGGAAUGUCUUGAAAGGCAGGGUAGUUUCUACCUUUUUCUCUGAGCCUGGUGCCAAAUGUGUUUCAAGGCAUGCCAAAAGAAAGAGUAUGAUUCAUUAGCUAGAUACAUCAAGCUUAAGUACCUUUCGGAGUGCAACAAAUUUUUGGAAAACAAAAGGCGUGGCUAUCUUAAAUCACAAUGUAACUUGUGCCCAUCAAAACUGACUUUUUUAACCUUUCAAAUGUGUGUGUUUUGAGUUUUGCUUUAAUUUGAAUGAAUCUUUGUAGGAUGUAGAUAAGAGGCUGAAUAUACUGAAGGUCCAUCUUACUGGUUUUAUACAUAACAAAUUCUCAUAUUUUGGAGCUUUCUCUUUCAUCCAUGGGAUUUUGCGGCCUUUGAUGGACUUGGACAGUGUUAGUUGUGUAUGUGUGUAAGGUGACAGUUGUGUCUAAUAAAGCAAGCCAGCAACCCCUGCCUUUUUCUCUUAAGUACAACCACUUUUGAAAAGUCAUUUAAAGAAAAGGGAUACUGCAGAACUUUUCAUUUCUGUCUUAAUGCAAUAUUUAUUUUUAUUGGGUGAUUGAUUCCUUUAACUUAACAUUUUAGAGAAAAAAAGACAUGGAAUUACAGGAAUAACUGCAGACCAGGAAUUAGUAAGUCUACAUUUUAUCACCUAAUGAUGCAGUAUGCCAGAUAUUACCAAUAUAAUUGCAAAUGGGGGGGUUGGGGGGGGAAACACUUUAUUUUUUCACAGUUAAAAGACGUAGAUUAAUACACAGUGAUCAUGCAUGGGGAGGAGGGAAAUACAAUUUUAUUUACUGUAAAAACAAAUGGAAUUUAAAGGAAGGUUUUGUGUUAACUGUUGAGUUUAAAUAAAUACUUUAUACUGGGA